CUCCUCUAACCACCAAAAAAAGGAAGAAAAAACUCUUUUCUAGGGUUUGGCGUCAACUUCCAAGUUGUCCCUAGAGAAUGGAGAAACCUGGUGGCCUCUGGAUCCCAAAGAAAAGCAACAAAGAAUCAUCAUGGGAAGAGCUGGCCUUCGCUGAAGAUGAUGCCGCCGGAUCUUUGUGGCCGCCGAGAUCUUACUCAUGUAGCUUUUGCCGGCGAGAGUUUAGAUCGGCUCAAGCCCUCGGUGGCCACAUGAACGUUCACCGAAGAGACAGAGCACGGCUUAAGCAGCAACCCGACGAUCAAUACUUAUUCUCCAAAUCCUCUUCGCCUCCUGAGUAUUCAUCUCAUGAUUAUACCGAUGAUAUUCGUGAAACCUCUAGCUAUACUUUGGUUUUUAACUCCAAGCCUAAUGGUUUUGAGUCACAACACUCAUGUGUUAUUGAUCUUUCAUCUUCUCCUUCUUCCUUGCCAAAUUUGACACCUAGGGUUUCUUCCUCUUCACCAUCUUUUCUUGUAAAGCCUUCCAAUAAUUCUGAAAAGAUUAUAUCUUCUUCCCCAUGGUCGUGCCCGGGUAAAAAGAGUUGUGAUACUUAUAAAGUUCCUGUCAUGGAAGGAAGCAAGAAGAGAAAGAUGGAGAGAUAUGUACCAAAGAACAGGGAUAAAGCAAAAGUCACCACUGAUCUCUCAGUGAAAUUGAAUCUGGUGAUCCACAAGGGUUGUCCGAUUACUGCUCAAGGGGGCGAUGAAGAGAUUGGGAGGGGUGAUAUCCAUAAGAGAAGACGAAUGCGUGAGAGUUCAUCGCAGCCGUCAAUUUUCAUUUCAAGUUUAUCUUGUAAGAGUACUGCCAUAAUUUCAAGAAACGAGGAGAUCAAACAUAAGGGUGAUCACUUUGAGGAUUUAGAUCUUGAGCUUAGGCUAGGGGGUGAUCCACGAAAGGGAAAUUGACUGAUGGAUCAUCCAUGAAUUUCUACCAGAGUGAAAGAGGUAAAAAAAAACUUAAAAUAUACAAAAUUAUAUAUUGAUAUGUUUGUUACUUUGUGUUAUCUUUCCUUGGAUUUGUGGUGUCUAAACUGUAUGGAUAUAUACAUAUAUUGGAUUUCUAUUAUUCGAGAAAUUGUAUGAAAAUAACAAUUACCAAAGUGAUUUUUGUAAGGAAACGUUAAGUAGCAUCUGAAUUUAUAUACC